AUGGACGGUGAGAAGAAGAGGCAGUUUUGGCAGGAUUUGGAUGAGGUGGUGAGAGGCGUACCUAGCUCUGAGAAGAUUAUUAUGGCAGGGGAUUUCAAUGGGCACAUCGGGGCGUUACUGGAAGGCUUUGGCGAUGUGCAUGGUGGUUUUGGUUUUGGGGUGAGAAAUAAUGAAAGAGCUACUCUGUUGGACUUUGAGAAGUCCUAUGGGCUGGUGGUGGUGAAUUUGAGCUUUUCUAAUAAGGACGAUCACUUGAUCACCUUUCGAAGCACGAUAGCCAAGACCCAAAUUGACUAUUUGCUGCUUAAGAAAGGGGAUAGGGUGUUGUGUAAGAAUU